UGGGCGUGGACACAGAGACGAGGGCUUCCUGCUCGGGUGAGCACGUGGUUCCGUGUCAGCUUCCCCUGCUUGUCUGUCAGUGUGAAGGUUUCCAGUCCUUCUCUCACUCCUCUCCCCAUCCAUCCUCCCGUGUCACACAGCAGACCUUCUCCUCUCUUUACUCCGUCCCACCCGCACCUCCUCCUCCUCCUCCUGCUGCUGCUGCUUCUUUGCGACGGCUCCCGGGACUACUGACAUCCAGGCCGCGGUCACUUCAACGUGUAUCCGCUCAGAGGGAGAGUGUGUGUGAGAAAGUGUGUGUGUGACAGAGUGUGUGUGUGUGUGAGUGAGUGCGUGUGCGCGCACCCGGUCCAUCCGUAAUAUUUAUCCCACUAUCCCGCCUCGUUGUUCGGUCAUGACGCUGGAAGCGAUCCGCUACCGGUCCGGGUCUCUGCAGAUCCUCAACCAGCUGCUGCUGCCACACCAGACCUCUUACGAUGAGAUCCGCACGGUGCAGGACGCUUACGAGGCCAUCAAGUCCAUGAAGGUGCGGGGCGCCCCGGCCAUCGCCAUCGUCGGCUGCCUCAGCCUGGCUGUGGAGUUGCGGGCGGGCGCCGGGGGUGAUGACCCUGUGACCUUCAUCAGGGAGUCGCUGUGUCACCUGACCUCAGCUCGGCCCACCGCCGUCAACAUGGGUCGCGCCGCCCGCGAGCUGAUGGAGUUUGCGGAGAACGAGAGCAUGGAGAAGAACUCGGAGCAGCUCAGAGAAAGCGUAAUCGCCUGGAUCGAAGACAUGCUGGAGCGUGACGUCAACGACAACAAGAAGAUCGGUAACUAUGGCGCCCAGCACAUCCUGUCGGGCGUUCCGAGGGACUCUGUGACGAUCCUCACACACUGCAACACCGGCUCGCUGGCCACAGCUGGAUACGGGACCGCACUCGGUGUGGUGCGAAGCCUCCACACGCUGGGCAGGCUGAAGCGUGUGUACUGCACGGAGACGAGGCCGUACAACCAGGGAUCCAGACUGACGGCGUACGAGGCGGUCGCGGAGGGAAUCCCUGCGACACUUAUUACAGACAGCAUGGCAGCCCUCACCAUGAGAGAAAUGAACAUCACAGCUGUGGUGGUGGGUGCAGACAGGGUGGUUGCCAACGGUGACACGGCCAACAAGGUGGGCACGUACCAGCUGGCCAUCGCCGCAAAGCACCAUGGGAUUCCCUUUUAUGUGGCUGCACCCAGCACGUCAUGCGACUUGAGCCUGGAGAGCGGCAGGGACAUCAUCAUCGAAGUGCGUCCCCCCGAGGAACUCACUAGUAUAAACGGAAUACCCAUUGCUGCCCCAGGUAUCGAGGUGUGGAACCCGGCGUUCGACGUGACCCCUCACCAGCUCAUCACAGGAGGCAUCAUCACAGAGCUGGGAGUCUUCCUCCCCUCUGAGCUCCAGGCAGCGCUCACCGGCCGCCUCACUGCCCUCUAGAGCCGCACAGCCCCACCUGCUGGUCCGUGUGCACCACUGCACCUUAACGUUCACACACUCAAAGACACUCUCAUUUCAUCACACAACACAACACACACACACACAAACACACACA